AGAAAAUUACAGAGAUGGCAAAGGACAAAUAGGGUGAAAUAGAUGUGGAUAACAUAAUUGAAAGAUUACUUAGUGUUCGAGGAAGUAAGCCUGGGAAAAAUGUGAAUUUAACCGAAUCGGAAGUUCGUGGUCUUUGUGUCAAGGCCAGAGAUAUCUUCAUCAGCUAACCAAUUUUAUUAGAAUUGGAAGCGCCUCUCAAAAUUUGUGGUGCUUUGCUUCAUUUAAUGUUAUUUUAGGCGAUGUUCAUGGUCAGUAUUUCGAUCUCUUAAGACUAUUCGAAUAUGGUGGUUAUCCUCCAGAGAGCAACUAUCUUUUUUUGGGAGAUUAUGUUGACAGGGGGAAACAAUCAUUGGAGACCAUUUGUUUGCUUCUUGCUUAUAAAAUCAAGUAUCCUGAAAACUUUUUCCUUCUCAGAGGCAAUCAUGAAUGUGCAUCAAUCAAUCGUAUAUAUGGGUUUUAUGAUGAAUGUAAUUAAGAAACUCAACUAUAUUUAUAGGUAAACGGAGAUACACAAUUAAAUUGUGGAAGACUUUCACAGAUUGUUUUAAUUGUCUCCCUGUUGCUGCUCUGAUUGAUGAGAAGAUUCUUUGUAUGCAUGGAGGACUCUCUCCUGACCUCUCUAAUUUAGAGCAAAUCAGAAGAAUUAUGAGACCGACUGAUGUUCCUGACACUGGUCUCUUAUGCGAUCUCCUUUGGUCAGACCCAGACAAGGAUGUAUAAGGUUGGGCAGAUAAUGAAAGAGGAGUUUCCUAUGUUUUUAGUUAGGAAAUUGUUUAGGUCUUUCUUAAAAAGCAUGAGCUCGAUCUAAUUUGCAGAGCGCAUCAAGUAAUGUUGUAUAGAACUCUUUAAGGUUGUUGAAGAUGGCUAUGAAUUCUUUAGUAAACGGCAAUUGGUCACUCUCUUCUCAGCACCCAAUUAUUGUGGUGAAUUUGAUAAUGCAGGUAGUCCACAUAUUUAUUAUUCAGGUUCAAUGAUGACUAUAGAUGAAUCCUUAAUGUGUUCAUUUCAAAUACUAAAACCAGCAGAAUAGGGUGCUUAGGGUGCUUCCUAACAAAACAAACCUCCUAGUGCUAAGUUUGUCAAUUGAUUUAAAUCAGAAAAUUUAUAUUCAAC